CGCCCCAGACUAGUUGCGCGGCUUCCUCCGGUGGGCGGAGGUCUCGGACGUGGCGGGCCGGGCCUGGGCGUUGUGCCCGGCUCCCGGCAGGCUGGCCUUCCCGCCGUAGUGGAGCCCCGGCAGGUCCCAGGCCCUCCCAGGUAGACAGGCUCCGGCCCACGUGACGUUGGGCUGCUGCCGGGCCGCGGCGGUAGGACCGCGAGACUGGGCGAGCGGGCAGCUCACCUGCGCUGCGGGGACGAGGUUGAAGGUGCGCACGCGCGCAGCCGGCUGGGUUGGUGGUUCCUGCGACCCUGCGCAGCCCAGGCUGCAGGCUGGGCGCACUCGCUCCCUCGCAGGGGCGUAAUUUCCCAGCUGGUCUGCGUCCCCUUUCCGACGCCUCCGUUAGGGGCGGGUCGGGAGCAUGACUUCAGAAAUGGAGUCUUCGUUGGAGGCCAGCUUCAUGUCCAGCGGAGCGCUGUCGGGGUCUUCAGUGUUUCUGCCGCCUGCUCGCUCCCGCAUCUUUAAGAUAAUCGUGAUCGGGGACUCCAAUGUGGGCAAAACAUGCCUGACCUACCGCUUCUGCGCCGGCCGCUUCCCCGACCGCACCGAAGCUACUAUUGGAGUGGAUUUCCGAGAACGAGCAGUGGAGAUUGAUGGAGAGCGCAUUAAGAUCCAGCUGUGGGACACAGCGGGGCAGGAGCGGUUCCGGAAGAGCAUGGUGCAGCACUACUACAGAAACGUGCACGCUGUGGUCUUCGUGUACGACGUGACCAACAUGGCCAGUUUCCGCAGCUUGCCAUCUUGGAUAGAGGAAUGCAAGCAGCACUUGCUGGCCAACGACAUACCACGGAUUCUUGUUGGAAAUAAAUGUGACCUAAGAAGCGCCAUCCAGGUUCCUACGGACGUGGCACAGAAAUUUGCUGACACGCACAGUAUGCCUUUGUUCGAAACCUCUGCUAAAAACCCCAAUGACAACGACCACGUGGAAGCCAUAUUUAUGACCCUGGCUCACAAGCUAAAGAGCCACAAACCACUAAUGCUCACUCAGCCCCCGGAUGACAGCGUUACCCUGAAGCCUGAACCGAAGCCCGCGGUGACGUGCUGGUGCUGAGUGACUGUUUUCAUCACACCGUUUGGUUCUGACUAGAGAAACAAGUUUGAAGUAUGGCAGUGAUCGUCAUUAAGAUUUAAUCUCAAAUGCAGUGGGUCAUCCUGACGCUUCACUGUUUACCGUCUCCAUGCUCACUCUGUCUUUAGGUAAUCAGGGGUGCCACUGUGACCACGGGAAAAAAAUGCGGUUGUCAGAUGAGGCUGAAAAUGAAGCAAAGGGAGGACAGUCAGCGCAUCUUUCCCUUAGAGCCAGGGAAGGAGGCUUCCAGUGCGGGUCUGCUGGGGGGUUUUGGGUGUCAGCGCCUGCUUGGUCCUGUGUUGAGAGAUUGGAAAAAUACCAGGGAUUUGUUUAGUACACACUUAAUGGUAUGCCCUUUGACAGGGCGGUUUCUCAGUAGGGUAAAAUCCUGUAGUGGCUUCUCCCUGUAGUUCUUUCUUUGUAUUAUUAACGGAUUUAAUUGUUAUUGGUACACUUUAGAGCCAAGGCUUUGGCUCCAGUGGGAGGAGAAGGCAUAGAAUGUUCUCUGAGUCCCGGUCUGUAAACAAUGACUCUCCCACUGGUUCUUGAUAUUUCACUCCAUAUUUCUAGUCAAUAUCAAUGAGUUCUACAGAAAUGAUUGUUAUUUUUAGAAGAGUGAUUUGUUUUCUUACUAAAUUCUAUUAAAAUAUGCAAAAAGCAGUGAAAUGUUAGUGCAGAUGAAGCGACGUAAUAAGGUGCUUUAUAUUUUGUUACCGUGUCUUUAAACAGUAGAAAAGAAAUGGGAAGCCGGUGAGGAGCUGUGACUUGGGGGAAGUAGGUAAACACGGCUGCUGGCUGUCUCAGGAGACUCAGCUUUAGUGACUUUAAGGUGUGUACCUGGCACAGUGUCCUCUCCCCCACCCCCAAUCAGCUUCACCACCACAGGCUGCACCAACAGGUCGUCUUCCAUUUGGAUUGUAGCUCUGAGGAUAUACCCUUAACUGCUAUGAGUGUACACGUAUUUCUGUAACAGUAUGUGUCACACACAGUACAUCAGUUCUUAAAAUCUUUAAAUUUUAUGGCCACAACAUGCUCUUCCUCCUCAGUAUGAAAAACGAGUUAGAUUAAAGAAUCUUGUCUGUCCUUCACUGGCAGAAAGAAUAUUUGAAACAGUUUUUUCUUACCCCUAGAUAUUUUUACUUUGAGUUUAAGACUUUGCACACAGAAAGUGGUAAGCUUGCCUAUGAAACUGUCACGUGAAUGGAACGUAAGCCAUGAACUUCAGCCGAAGUGCGCACCCUGGUUGGUUCUGCUAGGGUGCUGUCCUCGGUCAUUUUGGAGGGAAGGAAGCCAAAAGAUGAUUGUACUCAGAAUAUUUUCAGGGUGUGGGAAACCAAUCCAACAUGUAUCUCAUUUAGUUUAGGAUUUUUGUUUUAUCAUCAUGGUGUUCCUAACUGGAUAACUUAACUAUGAAAAUGAGAUAAUUCUAUUAAAUGAACUAACUAAAAGUAAUAAUUAUAGAAAAUACAUGGUUCCGUUUUUAAUAUCAGAGCUUAAGGAAAAACAAAUUGGCUUUAUUUGUGUUCAGAAAUUAAUCCACUUUUCUUAUGAUAGAAUUAAACAUUAGACUUUAAAUUCAUGUUGAUUUGUAACUAUUUUUAUAGUGAAACAGUGACAAUGGUAAUAAUUGUGUUGGGCAUAAUAGUUUUUUAAAGAAGGGAAUCUGUUUGUUGCUUUUGAAAAUAUUUUGCAGAGUAGGGGAAGAAAGUUUACAGAGUUUCCAAGCACAUUUAUGUUUCUCAGUGCUGUUAUUAAUGUUUUUUUUUAAAAAAGGGAUUUGUUUCUUUUUGUAGGAGCUUAGUAGUAACUAUUCUUUACAGUUCUGUGAAAGGACUUAUUUUUUUCACUGUAAUAUUUAUUAAAAAUAUUUGUAUCACUUGUAAUGAUUUAUUUGAACUUUUUCUAUGUAUUAUUUUCUAAAAGAAUAUACUUAUUAGUUGAAUGGGGAUAAAGCUUUUAGAUAUUUUCUAAAAUAUUUAUAAAAUACUUCAUUGACUAUUGAGAAAUCACUUCCAAAAUGGUGGCUAUCAGACAACUAUUAAUUUUUAAAGCACAAAUCACACAUUUGGUGACGGCUGUGUGGAUCUCUUUUAACCGUGGCCUUCAACUAAAAACAUCAGAUGUGUUUUGGAGAAGUCUCGGUGUGAGAACGCCAGAGGGAGCUGCCCCGGCGUCGAACGUAGCUAGCUGUGGGUGACAGUGCUUCAUUGACCGCGCUUCCUCACGAAACCUGAACUGAGUCACGUUGCGGGGUAACGUCACUGUAACAUUGCCCUCUUGCAGUUCAAUAAACCAGCUUUGCCAAAAAAAGGAGUUGUGUUACCACCGGUGCCGCUGGGCCGGCUCCCUGGUUACCCCGUGGCCGAGAAAGACUUUCCAGCGGGAGGGUGUGCUGUGUGUGUGUUUUUCUUCCACUAAACGACACUUUGUUCACCACUUUGGUAAUGACAGGUGUCUGGAAUACACAUUUCAUGCUAAGGCAUAUGCUACUUUAAGAGUUAGUUUUAGGAAAGCUGUCUUUUCCUGGUGGGUGUUGGGACUUGUUUCCAUCUGAUGGGCUUUGUUUCUGAAAUCGGUGUCCCCUGUAAAAAUGCUUCUGUCUGGGCAUUUCAAAAGUUAAAUUUUCCAUUCUGUUCAAACAUUUUCCAGACUAAGACUUAUGCUUGAGUUUGGAUGCAUUUGUGAAAAUGUAUGCAUAGCUUUGUGUACAACCUUCCAGUAACAAUGUGGUGGGCAGGGCUGAAAACGUGGCUUUCACGUUUAAUAAGCCCAGUUGACAGUGUUCUAUUUGGACCCAAAGAUCUUUGUGACGUCUUUUUUUCCCCCUUAACUUUGACAGUCAUUAAAUGCAAGUAUCGAAAUAUGCUGUUUUUAGCCCCGGUUAGUGUGGCUCAGGGGAUUGAGUGCCAAACUACGAAGCAAAGGAUCAGUGGUUCGAUUCCUAGUCAGGGCACAUGCCUGGGCUAUAGGCCCGGUCCCCAGUAGGGGGCGCAUGAGAGGCAACCACACAUUGAUGUUUCUCUCCCUGUCUUCCUCCCUCCCUCCCUUAAAAGUAAAUAAAUAAAAUCUUAUAAAAAAUACACUGGGUUUAGAAACAUGAAGUGUGAAAUCAAGAUUUUCAAAAUAAUGAAGCAUAUUAAAUCCUACCAGUUCCAUUCCAUUCCUCCGUAGAACAUUCCUGUAGGAGGAGGGGGAACUACUUUCGUCAACUCUUCUUCCAGGAGGAGCCUCGAUUGCAUGUGGUCUUCACAUCCUCGCAGGCGGCAUCCAGUAUUGGAUGUCAUUUGCCUCCUCCACAAGCUCCCUCUUCCCCAAAGGGUCCGCCCUUUGACAAUCACUCGUAUCCAUAAGUGAUUCCU